AUGGCAACCGAGAACCGGGAGAACAUGGAAGGCCGGGGCGCAGGAGAGAGCUGCCCGGCGAUGCCCAAGCUGCCGCAGGGAGAACCCGUCCCUGAGGGGAAGCCCAGGGCUGCCUUGUCCCAGGAGGCAGAGCCCCUGAAGCCAGACUCCUACGACCACCUGGAGGAGACGGCCAUUUGCGAAGACGGAGGCUGCCCAGGGCUGCCCCAGGCUGGCCUCACCACCAAGGGCCAGGCGGGUGACGGACCUGAACCCGUGGAGCUGGCCAGGGCCCCGGGGGUGGAGCACAAGACUGAGACAGAGCUGGAGAAGGCGCGCAUGGAGUUCGAGCUCACGCGGCUCCGGUACCUACACGCCGAGAACGAGCGGCAGCGGCAGCACGAGCAGGUGAUGGAGCGGCUGCAGCAGCAGGCGGCCGCGCGCCCGUUCCCGGGAGGCCUCCAGGACCUCCUGCUCCCCCAGAACCAGUUCGCCAUGCUCCUGUGCUGCUUCAUCUUCAUCCACAUAAUCUAUGUCACCAAGGAGACGCUCUUCUUCCUCUUCUCCAAGCACUACCUGUUCUGCAUUGCUGCCAUCUUGCUCUGCUUCAUUAAAACGCUGUGGUCCUACUUCCAGGCCGCUGCGGACCUCAGGGCCGACCCCAAAGCACAAGCUCUUGCCAUGCGCUGGAGACUCACCACUUACUGGGAAGUGAAGCGGAACGCACGUGAGAGCGCCAAGAAGCUGUAG